UGGAUACCACAGACUGAAGGAUGAAGCCCUGCCCACGAUCUUCGAACCCUUCUCCAAACUGAGACGAGACGCUCGCUGCAAGAGAGCAGGGAAGAGGAGGGGAGAGGAGAGAGAGAUCCCAGCCUGGGUACCACAGAGAGGCAGCAGGCAAAGGAAAUCCUCGGAAACCAGCGGGGUCCCCAAAACAGAGGACGAGGAAGAGGAGGAGGAGGAAGAAGGAGAGGGGGCGGGGCCUGAGGCAGGCUGGACCUCGAAAACAGACCAACCAAUCGGGACGGAGCAGCAGCCAGGAGAAGAGAGAGACCUUCCGCCUAUCCCAGGGGCGGUUUCCUGCGAGGGGCGGGGCUUGUCAGAGGCAGCAGGAGGAUGGGGAGUGGGAGGAGCCACCGCGGGGGCGGGGCUUGAGCGGAACAUAUCUGGAGGAGUGGGAGGAGCCACUGCGAGGGCGGGGCUUGAGCAGAUCCAGCUGGAGAGAGAUGAGGAGGCUGAGGAGAGGGAGAGGGAGAGGGAAGGAGAGGAGCUUGCCAGGGCAACAUCCCCUCGCCCGGCCUCUCCCUCGGUCUAUAUGGCCCGCCUGCCCCCCCCUCCCGGCUCCUACAUCGCCCGGGAGCACAGCUACGGGGUGCAGAGCCCCCUGUGCUGGAGAGCCCGCGCAGAGGCGGCCCGCGAGGGGAUGGAGCGGGCGCACAGACAGCUGGCCGCUGCCCGGCGACGCGAGCUGAGGCUCAGACACAGGCUGGCCGUCCUGCUGCAGGAGAGGAGGAGCGGGGGGAAUGGGGAGGGGGAG